AUGGCCGACCGUCUCCGUCAGAUCGCUCAAAGGGUUAAAGAUAAAAUACAUUUUCCCCAAAUAAGAAACAGUAGCAAAGAAAAGGUCGACCAGUUUAUAACCAAAUAUGUCCCCGCAUCCCGGGUUUCUGAAAUCGCAGAGAAAUUUAAACAUGAAAGUAUUAGUAACAGAGUGAAAGAAUUGGUAUCCAGAUAUGAAAAAUUCACCGGUAUUGAAGAAAUUAUGGCAAUUCAGAACACUGUAAUAGACGCACAGGAAAGAUUUGCAACUGCGCAAGAUCGAAGGCGUGAUCUAGGGAGAGAGCUAGCCUCUAUUGAAGCAAGACUAAAGGAACUACACUCUGAAAUGCAGAAUACUAUGAAAGGAGAUGACAAGUAUUUACAGCUAUGUACUGAAGAACAUAAGUUAAUUAUUCAAGAACGUGCAUUGCGAACUCUCUUUUUUGAAGCGGAAAGAGAAGAAAGAGAAUUAUUCGCGUCAAUGUCAGCAGCAGUAAAACUGGGUCACGAAAGGGAAAGGGCACAUGCAGAACGCAAUAAAUAUUGGUAUAUUGUGGCUUCUAUAGUUGGCACACUUCUCGGUAUAGGUGGUUCAACAAUCAACAAUCGUCUCAAAAUGGCGGAAUUUAGGGAUAUGAUGGAACAACAAAUGGCUAGAAGUGCGAGUGUGUUAUAUACAAUAGCCGGCGGAGGAACUGCAAGUAGAGCGGACAUAGCUGACGCUAUGAAGACUGAAUUUGCUUACCAAGAACAACUCGCCAAGAAUUUGGAUUUGAUGCAAGAUAAUAUUAACAAUUUAGUGAGUAAGCAGGCGUCCUUAAUUGAUCAUUUGAACCACCAAGAGCAUGUAAUAGACACACAAAUAAAAGAACUAAAACGCCUAAUUAUAGCUGCCUCACAAACAAGUGCCAGAUCUGAUGCAGAACUGGCUAAAGCACUAAGUGUGGUACAGCAUGAACUCGAUGAUGAGAAAGAUAUCGAAAUUACUCCAACUGCGAUAGAUGGAAAUCAAAUUUUAACUGGAUUAGGCAUAUUAAUAUGUGCAGCAGUGUUUUUUGGCAAUAUUUUUGGUAGAAUCAGU